UGCUUCAUAACAGCAGUGAAGCCGAGAGGAAGCAGAAACAUGGCUGCACUGUUCACAGCGAGGAGAGCUCUCGGCUUGUGUCUCUCCGGUCGUAGAAGUCUGUCUCAGCUGGCGGAGCUACCGGAGACCCAUCAGCUUCUGAGACAGACCUGCAGAGACUUCGCCGACCGAGAGCUGACACCCAUCGCCGGAAAGCUGGACAAAGAGCACGCCUUUCCUGCCAGACAGAUUCAGGAUUUGGGGGCGAUGGGGGUGAUGGCCAUCGAGGUCCCAGAGGAGCUGGGUGGAGCUGGGAUGGACUACCUGGCCUACAGUCUGGCUAUGGAGGAGAUCAGCCGAGGCUGCGCCAGCACCGGAGUGGUGGUGUCCGUUAAUAAUUCUCUCUACAUCGGACCGAUACUGAAGAACGGAACAGAAGAGCAGAAGAAGCAGUGGAUCACACCGUUCACCACCGGGGAGAAGGUCGGCUGCUUCGGCCUCAGCGAGCCAGGUAACGGCAGCGAUGCGGGUGCCGCCUCCACGGUGGCUCGUCAGGACGGAGACGAGUGGGUUCUGAACGGAACCAAAGCCUGGAUCACCAACAGCUGGGACGCCUCCGCCGCCGUGGUGUUCGCCACCACGGACAAGAAGCUCAAGCACAAGGGCAUCAGUGCCUUCCUGAUCCCGAUGCCUCACCCGGGCCUCUCUCUGGGGAAGAAGGAGGACAAGCUGGGCAUCAGAGCCUCGUCCACCGCCAACAUCAUCCUGGAGGACUGCAGGAUCCCUCUGGGCAACAUUCUGGGACCGCGAGGAGCCGGAUUCAAGAUCGCCAUGCAAACCCUGGACAGCGGGCGGAUCGGCAUCGCGGCUCAGGCCCUCGGCAUCGCUCAGGCCUCUCUGGACUGCGCCGCCGACUACGCACUCAAACGCACCGCCUUCGGAGCGCCCAUCGGAAAACUGCAGGCCAUACAGUUCAAGCUGGCCGACAUGUCUGUAGCAGUAGAGAGCGCCCGUCUGCUCACCUGGAAGGCUUCACUUCUUCGAGAUUCAGGGAAACCUUUCACCAAGGAAGCAGCCAUGGCCAAACUAGCAGCGUCUGAAGCCGCCACUUUAUGCGCCCAUCAGGCGAUCCAGGUUCUGGGUGGGAUGGGUUACGUGGCCGACAUGCCCGCUGAGAGGCACUACCGCGACGCUCGCAUCACGGAGAUCUACGAGGGCACCAGUGAGAUCCAGAGGCUGGUUAUCGCCGGACAGGUUCUGAAGGAAUACCAGUCGUAGACAAGCUUCUGUCGGACAUUUAAAUCACAGAUCUGGAGUCAGAUUAACCAACCGGACAUCACCUCAUCUGUACAGAUGAAGAAGAGAACACUUCUUUGGCUGCUUGUUUUUAUAUCAGGGGUUAAAUCAAAGACGACAAUACAGAAGUCCAUAAGGAAAACAGACGAUUUAAGGUUUCCAUUCACCUGCGUGUCUCAAGAUCCUUAACAUCAAGAUGAAUCAAUUCAAACUUGUCUCUGCUGCCUCAAGAAGAAAUCAGUAUGUCACCAGUUUAAAGGGUCAGUUCACCCAUAUUCAAAAACAGAAAAGGACUUUUUUAUUGCUUCUGGUGUCGAGACAUACAGAGAGUUUCUGUUUUUUUGUUUUUGGACAUCAACCUCUCUCUUGGUGCCCAAAAUCUAAAGCAACUUGUCUUGUUCACUCUCCUCAAUCACCUCCUGAUAGAGCCAAACUCUAUCAAACUUUAACCAUAAUGAUCUUUAUCUGACCAUAAGGUACACUACAUUUAGUCUGACUCACUCUUUCAGUCGAUGUCAUUGGUUUGCAGACAAACGUCCAUAAAUCUGCUCAAAAAUAAUAGAAAAAAGAUUCUCCUUAUUAACUGCAGAACUUGCCUGAGAAUCUUCACGUUUUUAGGUUUUCCUCAUUAUCAAAAUAAUCCAGUGAUAGUUGUCUCUACAUCCACGAGUUCACUGCAAACAGGAGCUGCUAAUAGAUCAUACUGCAUACUUUUAAUGGUGACAGUUUGCAAUUAUAGGCUGAAAAGUCCCCGUCUGUCACUCUAAAGCAGUACUCAACAAUAGUGUGUUGUACUUCUGUAAAGAUGAAUAAAUGAGCAGGCAGAUUAAACAAGAUUCAAGGGUUCAAAGGUUUAUUUGUCAUCAAUAAACCUGCAUAAAUCAGAUUAGAAAUCAAAGGAAAAAGAUGCUUUUUAUUACUGCAGAACUUGCCUUAGAUUCUUCACAUUUUAAGGUUUUCUUCAGUAUCAAAGUAAUCCAGUGAUGGUUGUCUGUACAUCCAUGUGUUCACUACUAGAAGGAGCUGAUCAUAGAUCCUUCUGCAUACUUUUAAUGUUGGUAAUUAGAAAAUAGAAGUCCCUACCUGUCACUUUAAAGAAGUACUAUAACAUUUAGUGUUGUACUUCUUUAAAGCAGAAGAAGAGCAGAGAUAUGUUCAACAAGAUUAAAGGCUUAAAAGGUUUAUUUGUCAUCAAUAAACUUCCAUAAAUCAGGUUAAAAAUCACAGAAAAAAAGAUGCUUUUUAUUACUGCAGAACUUGCCUGAGAAUCUUCAAAUUUUUAGGUUUUCUUUAGUAACAAAGUAAUCCAGGGAUAGUUGUCUGUACAUCGAUGGGUAAACUGCACACAGGAGCUGAUCAUAUACUUCUGCAUCCUUUUAAAGGUGACAGAUAUGCAGCUUGUGUGAACUGACCCUUUAAAACGAUGAGUUCCUGUGAGGUUUUCACCAGCAGAGGGCGGCGGAGUGCCUUCACGUUCCUCUGACCCACUUCUGCUUCAUACAGAUCAAACAUUCAUGCAUCUCUUAAAAUACUGCAUCAUCAUCAUCAUCACAACCACGCACUUGUUUUCAGAUUUCACACAGAUUUAGUAAUUUAACGUUCUGGUUGGCAGUUAGUUUAUAUUUAAUUAAAUGGCUGUCGUUGAUGACGUCUGUCGGCCUGAACGUUGAAGAUGCUUGAAGCGGUUUCUGACCUUUGUGUUUGACUGUGAGAGGCUGUGAGAUUAAAAACACACAUUAUGAUUUCACAGACCUUUUGUGCCUCAAUAACUUGUACAUAUUUUAAUGUAAAUGAUUGUGUGCAGAUUCUAAUAAAAACACAAUUACAAGACA